CCCUUUCAAGGACAACAUGCGUAAGACCUCUAAACAAACGCCGACAAAUUUAAGAACAUACGGGCAUUUCGCAUCUAGGCGGGGAGGUAGCCAUUUUUUGAGGUGUAAAUAUUACGCUUCUAACAGAACACUUCGAAAAUGGAGAUGCGCCGUCCGUUUGAUCCUUUGGCACACGAGUUGGAUCCCAAUUUCCGACUUACAAAAUUUGCUGACCUAAAGGGAUGAGGGUGUAAAGUCCCUCAAGAGGUUUUGCUCAAGCUUCUUGAGGGACUAACACAGGACAGCAAUGCCCAGGAUGCGGAACAGGCGCAUUUCCAAUACACGACACCAUCACCUCGAAUCGGAAUUGGAAUGGAUUCAUCAAUCACCCCUCUGCGCCAUGGCGGUCUGUCUUUGGUCCAAACUACAGAUUUCUUCUAUCCCUUGGUGGAUGACCCUUACAUGAUGGGUAAAAUCACAUGUGCUAACGUUCUUAGUGAUUUGUAUGCCAUGGGGGUGACAGACUGUGACAACAUGUUAAUGUUGCUUAGCUGCAGUAACAAGAUGACUGAUAAAGAACGCGAUGUCAUCAUUCCUAUCAUCAUGCGAGGAUUCAAGGAUGCCGCUGAAGAAGCUGGAACACAAGUGACAGGAGGACAGACUGUUGUCAACCCGUGGAUGACAAUUGGUGGUGUGGCUACCUCUGUGUGUCAGUCUAAUGAGUACAUCAUGCCAGAUAACGCAGUAGUUGGAGAUGUGCUAGUGCUGACCAAACCCCUGGGAACACAAGUUGCAGUCAAUGCCUAUCAGUGGCUGGAUCAGCCUGAACGAUGGAACAGAGUCAAACUUGUGGUUUCUGAGGACGAUGUCCGGAAGGCCUACCAGCGGGCAAUGUUUAGUAUGGCCCGCCUUAAUAGAACAGCUGCGAGACUAAUGCACAAAUACAAUGCACAUGGUGCCACAGAUGUGACUGGCUUUGGGCUUCUAGGUCAUGCUAACAACUUAGCCAAGAUUCAGAAGAAUGAAGUGGGUUUUGUCAUACACAACCUGCCAGUGAUUGCCAAGAUGGCCGCCAUCAGUAAAGCUUGUGGAAACUUAUUUGGGUUGUUACAGGGAACAUCAGCAGAGACGUCAGGUGGAUUACUUGUGGCCCUGCCGAGAGAACAAGCUGCAGCAUUUUGUAAAGACAUAGAAAAACAGGAGGGCUAUCAGUCCUGGAUCAUUGGCAUUGUGGAGAAAGGAAACAGAUCAGCAAGGAUAAUUGACAAACCUCGGGUCAUUGAAGUCCCUGCUAAAGACAGAGAAGGGGAGCUAUGGUAGUUGUUUGCUGGCCAUGUAUUGAUGAUAAUCUGAUAUUUUGUUUGGUGUCAUUUUGUAUUUGUAUUGAUAAUAAUCUGAUAUUUACUAUUCACUUUAAGUGUUCAUCACAUUAUUAUAUACAGAGUUCUUUUGAAACAAUUCCAUUUCAGUCCAAAAUCAUUAACAUAAACUAUGUAGUGGUUCAUGCUUUAUAUUUUUAAACUGGCCACAUUUAUUGUGUUGAUAUAUAUAAGCUACAUAUUUUAUUGUUUUGCUUUGCUUUUGUUUGAGCUUGUAGUUUUUUAUAAGGUCCAUCAGAAGUCUACAGCAGGUUGUUGAUUGAGGCAAAUAGCUUCUCUACCACUGACCAUCAACUGACCCAGGACUUUGGAUUGUUAAUGUUUGUCUUCAAAGCAACUGGUCAACAUCUUGAUACCAAAUAAAUUAUUUUUGUCCCACGUUUUUGUGGUCCAAAGAAUUUUACUACAGCAGUAGUAUAUAUUGUUAUAUUUUAUCACCUUUUAAAUUGUCAUCAAUGGUAGUGAAGCUAAGACUCCGCCAUUUCCUGUUUGCUGUGUCUAAGCCCUGAGCAAGCUUAGAUGCUGCCCUGACAGGAAAGCGUCAGAUUUAGGGACCUCAUUCUCUGUUGGUUUACACCUUUCUCUAUGAAAGCAGUAGGUUCCAAUCCCAUCUGGGGCAAAUCUAUUUGAGUGAAAUCCUCUGAAAGGGGUAGACUUUUGUAGAUCCUUUUUCUGACAUCUAUCAUUUCAUUGCAAGCCACACUAUCAUUUCAUAUGAUCAAUAAAUGUUGGAUUUUACUGUUUC